CGGUUUUCUUCAAACACGUGUUACAGUUUUGUAAACAAACUGUCAAGCACUUGAAGCAGCAACAAAUUAAAAAUAGAAAUAAAUCAGAAAUGAAGGUGGUAGCCCUUGUAAGUGGCGGCAAGGACAGCUGCUACAAUAUGAUGCAGUGUGUAAGCGAGGGACAUCAAAUUAUAGCCCUGGCCAAUCUAAAACCAGACAAAAAAGAUGAAUUGGACAGCUAUAUGUUCCAGACGGUGGGACACCACGGCAUUGACUUGUAUGCAGAAGCAGUUGGACUUCCCCUGUAUAGACAUACUAUUCAAGGUUCCUCAAAGGCUAUUGGCAAGGAUUACAUGGUCACAGAAAAUGAUGAAGUAGAAGAUUUAUUUCAACUACUUAGAUUAAUUAAGGAGGAGUGUGAAAUUGAAGCAGUAUCAGUUGGAGCCAUUUUGUCAGAUUACCAGAGAGUCAGAGUAGAAAAUGUAUGCCAGAGACUUGGAUUAACCCCCCUUGCCUAUUUAUGGAGGAGAGAUCAAGAGGAAUUACUGAAGGAAAUGAUUGAUUCUCAACUGAAAGCAGUUCUAAUAAAAGUAGCUUCCCUUGGUUUAGAACCCAAGCAUUUAGGUCAAACCUUAGCAGAGAUGCACCCUCAUUUGAUGAAAAUGAAAGACAAGUAUCAGUUGAAUGUGUGUGGAGAAGGUGGGGAGUAUGAGACCUUCACAUUGGACUGUCCACUCUUCAGGAAAAGCAUUGUGUUAGAUGAAAUGGAGACGAUCAUCCAUUCAGAUGAUGCCUUUGCUCCUGUAGCUUACUUGAACAUCAAAAGGGCACAUUUGGAGGAUAAACUAUUGUUGCAUGAAGAUAUGGCAGACAGAAUUAAGGAUCUCCCUAUGUUGAGAAGCACUCAACUACACUCUUCCCUUCAUCUUGAGAGUAUGCCUGAAGAUGAACUCCUAACAUCUGUCAGUGAACAAUCUCGCUGUACAAUCUCACUAGCAGUGAAUGAAGAUAUCAUGUUGUCAGUGGUGAAGGGACGUGACCAUAUAUGGAUAACUGGAUUGUGUGGUCUGUACACAGAUGAAGACAGUCUGACAGAAAUUACCACUCGAACAAUGAACAAACUCAAAGAAACUUUGGAGUGCUCUCCAACAGGCUGGAAUAUGAGCUGUGUGUCCAUGGUUCAUCUUUAUGUACAAGAUAUGUCGAUGUUUGCAGAAGUUAAUUCUGUGUACAAAAAUUACUUUGGAAUCAACCCUCCUGCCCGGAUUUGUGUUGAAGCUGCCUUGCCACCUAAUGUUGCUAUUCAGAUAGACUGUUACUGUAACCAAGCAUUGGAUCAUAGACAAACAAUGCAUGUUCAGGGCCUUUCUCAUUGGGCACCAGCAAACAUUGGCCCAUACAGCCAAUGCGUACAGGUUCAAAACAAACUUUACGUGGCAGGCCAGAUAGCUAUGUGUCCUGCUAAUUUGGCCAUUAUUGGUAGAGGAAUAGUGUCACAGGCUAGGCUAUCUCUACAUCAUGUGCAGAGAAUAUUAGAAGCAAUGCAUUGUGGGAUGGACAAGCUAACUAUGGUUGUUUGCUAUGUCACAAAUAUUGGUUAUGUACAGUCAGCCCAAAAGGAAUUAGAAAGAUCAAGAAACAUGUAUGAGACAGAAGAGAAGUUUGGAGUAGAGAAGCAGACAAGACACCCCCCAAUGCCAGUGUAUGUAGUGGUGCCAAGGUUACCUAAAGAUGCUCUUAUUGAAUGGCAGGUCACAGCAAGAAAUGACCUUCAUAACGUAACUGAAUUCAAAAAGGAUAUUCAUUUGAACAACUUUAGUUGCACUGUGAGAUUUCUCCAUACAGAGGACGAAAUCAUUUCAUGUUUUGUAUCUAUAAAACGUGUCGGAUCAUCUAGAGAUUCAUUAACAAAGGAAGUGUCUGACUGCUUCUGCCAUAUCCUGUAUCAGACCAGUGAAUUACUGACAAAAGCCACUGCAUCAAUAUUCCCACUACAGAUUUUCUUCUUGUCUAGUCAACUGAGUAUAAAUGAACUGUAUCAAAAUCUUCACCAUCAUCGUUCAAGGUUAGACAAUCCAUUUUCCCUGGUUCCUGUGUUACAACUGCUUACAUCUGAUAUGCUGCUGGUAGCAUGUUCAUGACUGAUGUUAAUAAAAUAUACUUUUAAAUGAA